AUGGCGACCCUAAUCCCCUCAAUAGCCUGUCUAGGCGUAAUAGGCCGUAACAACAACCCCCUCCACAUCCAAAUCUUCCCCUCCUACGACCCCUCCACCAACACCUACAUUCCCGCGCGCACCUCGCUGCAGUUCCACCUCCUGCUCUCUUCGACGCUAGACGUCUUCGACCUGCGCGCGCGCCGCAACGCCGCCGCGGGCGUCGGGCUUUCCGGUGACUUUGGCUUGCUACAUGCGGUCGACGACCGCUUGGCUGCGUACGGGUUCGAGACGAAUACGGGAACCAAGUUUGUCGCGGUUGUAGAUAUGAGAGGGAGGAGGGUUGAUGGACGAGCUGGCCACGGUGGUGGUGCGCAUGGGGUGGGGGGGCUGCAGGGAGGAGGAAUAGCAGGAGGAGGAGGAGGGGCGGCGGCGGCGGCGGCGGCGGCUAGUAGUGUUGGUUUGAGGGAGGGGGAGAUGAAAGUUGUCUUCAAAGCGAUGCAGACGGCGUAUAUCAAGUUGCUGCAGAACCCGUUCUUCGAUCCGGACGAGCAUUCGCCGCUUACGGGGACAGGCGGCAAGAAGAUUACGAGCAAGAAGUUUACGGAGGAUAUGAGGAGGAUAGGGGAGAACUGGGGACCGGGUGCGACGGUUCUUUGA